CUAGUCUUGAGAAAGCGCUCCCUAGCUGCCUUGGAGCGUGCACCUGGGAUUGGACUCAGCACUUGUUCCUGCAGUCUCAGUAUGGGAUCACAUUCUCUCCGAGGGAAACCCCAAAACUUGCCUGCCAUGACUUUGGUCUUUCUUUCAGUGAGGUGGUGUUCGGCGAUGAUGUCAUCUGCCUGCACCACUUUUAUCUGGAUGUGGAGCUGGCUGAUGAACCACAUGGGUGCUCUGUUCCAGCACAGCUCGUUCAUUUCUUCCUUUCCUGUAACAGGCCUUCCUUGCCAUUUUCCAUGUCUCAAUGGACUCCUGAAUGUAAUAUAGUGUAUACUCUGAAAGCGGAUAUGAAGAGUGAAGUUCCUUCUGAUGCACCAAAGAGACAGGAAAAUCUGAAGGGGAUCCUCUUGAACCCUGAGCCCAUUGGGGCAGCCAAAAGUUUCCCUGCAGAAGUUGAGAUGAUUGCCAGUAAAGUAGGGAAUGAAUUCUCUCACUUGUGUGCUGAUUCUCAAAAGCAGAAGGACAUGAAUGGCAAUCGUCCAGAACAAGACAAAGGUAUUGUGGUGCGGAAAAAGCGCAAGAGUCAGCAGGCUGGCCCUUCAUAUGCUCAAAACUGUGGUGAUAAAGAAAACCAGGGAAUUCUUGGACUAAGGCAGCACCUAGAAACACAAAGUGAAGACAAUGAUUCAUCUUUUAGUGACUGUGUCUCUUCACCUUCAUCUAGCCUACAUUUUGGAGACUCUGAUACAGUAACAUCAGAUGAGGAGAAGGAGACGUCUGUCAGGCACACUCAGGCAGUAUUGAGCGCUACAAGUAGAACUCAUAGUGCAAGGUCACAAAAGUGGCCUCGGACCGAGACAGAAUCUGUACCAAGUUUAUUAAUGAAAAGGCCCUGUUUUCAGAGCAGUUCAUUAAGACGACUCCCAUAUAGAAAGAGAUUUGUGAAAACCAGUUCCUCCCAGCGGACACAAAACCAAAAAGAACGGAUUCUAAUGCAGAGAAAAAAACGGGAAGUAUUAGCUCGGAGGAAGUAUGCUUUGCUACCCAGCUCUAGCAGUUCCAGUGACAAUGAUCUCAGUAGUGAAUCUUCUUCCAGUUCUUCCACUGAAGGGGAGGAGGACUUAUUUGUAUCACCUGGUGAAAACCACCAAAACAGUGCAACUGUUCCCUCAGGAAGUAUAGAUGAAGAUGUUGUAGUGAUUGAAGCAUCCUCCACUCCCCAGGUCACUGCCAAUGAAGAAAUCAAUGUUACCUCAACAGACAGUGAAGUGGAGAUUGUAACAGUUGGAGAAAGCUAUAGGUCUCGUUCAGCACUUGGACACUCAAGAUCCCACUGGAGCCAAAGCUCUAGCUCUCAUCCUGCAAGACCUCAAGAACAGCGAAACCGUAGUAGAGUUUCCACUGUCAUACAACCACUGAGACAGAACGCAGCAGAAGUGGUGGACCUUACAGUGGAUGAAGAUGAGCCCACAGUUGUGCCAACAACCUCAGCUCGAGUGGAAUCCCAGGUUGUGAGCUCUACGUCCAGUACCAGUUCCAAUACCUCUACCUCAGAGCCGGCCUCUGAUGCAGCUUCAGGUGUCUCCAACAGCCAGCCCUCUACGGUGUCAGAGGCUUCGACUACUCUUCCCAGUAGCAGCACUGCUGGGACUUCAGCUGGAGAUGAUGUAAGGAGAACUGCAUCUAGCACUACACUGGAAACUGGCCCUCCUGCUAUGCCAAGGUUACCAUCAUGCUGUCCACAACAUUCUCCAUGUGGAGGAUCUUCACAGAAUCAUCAUGCAUUAGGACACCCUCACACAAGCUGUUUUCAGCAGCAUGGCCACCACUUUCAGCACCAUCACCACCACCACCAUAAUCCUCACCCAACUGUCCCACUGUCUCCUUCAUUCAGUGACACCAGCUGCCCUGUUGAAAGGCCUCCUCCAGUGCCAGCGCCUUGUGGAGCAAGCAGUAGUUCUGGUGCCAGCUACCAUGACCAGCAGGCUCUGCCAGUGGACUUAAGCAACAAUGGUAUAAGAAGUCAUGGAAGUGGUGCUUUCCAUGGAGCAUCAGCAUUUGACCCGUGCUGUCCUGGUUCUUCAUCCCGAACUGCAAUCUAUGGGCAUCAGGCUAGUGCUGGCCCAAGCCAACCAAUAACAAUAGAUGGAUAUGGAUCAAGCAUGGUUGCACAACCCCAGCCCCAACCUCCUCCACAGGCUUCACUCUCAUCCUGUCGACACUAUAUGCAUUCUCCUUAUGCUUCUUUGACCAGACCUCUUCAUCAUCAAGCUUCUGCAUGUCCUCACGCUCAUGGAAACCCACCUCCUCAACCCCAGCCACCACCUCAAGUGGAUUAUGUUAUCCCACAUCCAGUGCAUCCUUUCCAUCCUUCAAUUUCCACCCAUGCAUCUUCUCAUCCUGUACCACCACCUCCACCAACUCACCCUUUAGCAAAUGCAGCUGCUCCAAUUCCACAGCAUCUUCCAGCUACACACCAGCCUAUUUCCCAUCACAUCCCUGCAACAGCACCUUCAGCACAGAGGCUGCAUCCUCAUGAAAUGAUCCAGAGGAUGGAAGUCCAGAGAAGAAGAAUGAUGCAGCAUCCAACACGUGCACAUGAACGGCCUCCUCCACAUCCUCACCGAAUGCAUCCCAAUUAUGGUCAUGGCCACCAUAUUCAUGUGCCUCAGACUAUGUCCUCCCAUCCUCGACAAGCUCCAGAGAGGUCUGCAUGGGAACUGGGAAUUGAAGCUGGAGUGACUGCAGCCACUUAUCCACCAGGCCCAUUGCACCCUCAUUUGGCCCAUUACCAUGCACCUCCUCGACUUCAUCACUUACAAAUAGGGGCUCUUCCUUUAAUGGUUCCAGACAUGGCGGGCUACCCUCACAUCCGUUACAUUUCAUCGGGAUUGGAUGGAACAUCAUUCAGAGGCCCUUUCAGGGGCAAUUUUGAGGAGCUGAUUCAUUUAGAAGAGCGAUUAGGCAAUGUUAACCGUGGAGCGUCCCAGGGAACUAUUGAAAGGUGCACAUACCCUCACAAAUACAAAAAGGUAACAACUGAUUGGUUCUCACAGAGGAAACUGCACUGCAAGCAAGAUGGGGAGGAAGGAACAGAGGAAGACACAGAGGAAAAGUGUACCAUCUGUUUGUCUAUAUUAGAGGAGGGUGAAGAUGUCAGGCGCCUUCCAUGUAUGCACCUUUUCCACCAAGUGUGUGUAGAUCAGUGGUUGAUUACUAACAAGAAGUGCCCCAUUUGCAGAGUGGACAUUGAGGCUCAACUGCCAAGUGAAAGUUGACACCAUUUUCCAGAACUUUUGUUCCUCCCUUUCACUCCCUUCCAUCCUUCCUGGUACUGCAGUCAACCAAAGAUGGCAUGACUUACCUGCGCAGAUUUGGAAGCAUUGAACCUAGAGUGCUGUCUCUGCUACAUGGUACAACUAAUGCUAGACCUACAGUUCAUGUAGACAGUUGAGUUUCAAUGUAUUUAUAAAGCUUUUUUAGGUUUUACAUUGUUUUUCUUUUAAUUCAUUUUACUGUAUUUUUUGCAUGGUUCUUUGUAUUGCAUUUGUUUGCACAUAUUAUGGGCUUUGUGACCCUAAACUUGCAGGCAAGAUUAGCUGCUUUAGUAAGUAGAGUUGUGUGGUCUUUUUUGUUUUUUUAUUUUAUUUUUACAUAGCAUCAAGCUUUGAGAGUAUGAUUUCAUUCAUUACUAACCGUGGAUCCUUAAUUUAAUCAAUCACGUAUUUUAGUUUAAUGUAAAAAUAUCAUCUAGAAAAGGAUAAUAUUGUGUAUUAAGACAUUCCUUAAGUAGGAAAAAAUGGCUGCUGUAUAUUUACAAUAUCAGUUCUGAGUCAAAUACCAUCCUUAAUACGGGGAACAGAAUACAAACAAUAUUCAGUCGGACUGAUACAGAUGGAAUACUCGUCACCAGAGUAUUGUCUGAUCAAAUUUGUGUUAUGUUUUUGAACUUGCAGCACAAUGCAGAUAUAUUUGAAUGUCAAUAUUAAACAUUUAGACUGCUGUUCAGGUUGUAUUUAUCAUUUUCUUCCACUGUCUAGAAAUUUGAAUCCCUAACUUAAUAUUUGCUGCUGUGAAACAGCUCUAAUGAACACUAAAUAUUGAUUUCAGUUAGCUGGAUUGUAGAUACUUGCAGAUUGAAUGAUUUUUUUUUAAUGGAAACGGAAGACAGAAAUUUGUUCAGUCUUCUACAAAGUACUUUAAAGUAUCUGCACACGUUGGUUUUGUAAAACCAUUCAAUCAGGACUUAAAACUGCAGUUCUUAUGGCAGGUAUCCAUGCAUUCAUAGAACUUUUAAAGAUCCCAAAUCUUUCAUGGGAUUUUUAUUAGUUUUAAAGUUAAUAAAGUUAGCUAAACCCACUUGUCUCUUGUUUUAUUUCUCACUAGUAACUUGAAAACGUGUAAAUCUGUGUAGAAACAGACACAAAUUAUGUGGUUACCUAGUCUUGCCUUGAUCAUAGAUUCCCUCUUUAUAAAUUACCAACAGUCCAUCACUGAUUAAAAUAUUUUCUAUAGAUAAGAUCUGCUGGAUAAUAUAGUAUAUAGAAUUAAGUUAACAUACUAACAUUUCGCCUUGGAAGUUUUAAUCCACUUCAGGACACAAGUUCCUUAUCAGAAUUCUUAUACACAUAGCAUAGUAUAGUUUAUUUAAAUGUGCUCAACAGAUGCUAAAAAUUGCAAAAACAUUAAGACAGUAUUACUGUCACCACCUGGAAGAGAUGUUCUUAUGGGAUCAUAUAUGAACAUGUCAAUAAGCUUGCGUUAAGCCACCUGCUUUGUAAGUGGAUUGAAUAAUAAAUACCUUUGGUUUCCCUUGUCUUCGUCCUUCAUAAUCAGAUAAGUGUAAAACAGUUUACAGUAUAACAUAAAAAUCAAAAUGUUUUGUUUACAUUAAACAAUUUGUGAUCCAUUUAUAAAUGUGACCUUAUCUAAUUUGAUGCCUGUUUGUCUGCUUAAAGCUGCUUCCCCUCUUUUUAAAUCAGUUUGUUAGGAGUAGCAUUUCUAAUGCAGUGUCCAUUGCUGGCAAUAGACUUAACACCUCUGCAACUAAGGCAUUAAGCAGGGAGAAGUUUUGUCCCAACAUUUGUGAUGAGUGGAAUUUUCAAGCUUAAUUGCUUUGUUAAAGGUAAAUUUAAUUUGAUGGCUUAAACCACUUUUGUGUUAGAUUUGGGGAGUAUGGUGGGAGAAAGGGAACGUGUGAUGAUUUUUUGGGGGGUUGCUCCAAACUGUCAAGGUUUUAAAUUAAACCUGCUUGAAGACCAUGUACCUGCAGGGAACUGUGGGUGGGUGUGUGACUGAAGCUAUAGUGGGGAGAGUUACAAUGAGUAAACAUUUACUGGAAAGACCCUAAGGCAAACAUCUUCCAUUCUUCAAUGUAUGUGAAGAAAGCAAGAAAAGGUAGAUCACCACUGAUGCUGCUCACCUGCUAGGUACUUGAUGGGACCUGGGGGAAAAAAAAAAGACCUGUGGAAAUAAGCCCUGAGGUGCAUGUUGAGUCCACUUUGGCAUUCCCAAGGAAGAGAGAAGCACAGAUAUUUUGUGGGAUUUCUUUAUGCACCAGAUUUGGCUGCCUGGUACUAGAGGUAUUUAAGUGGCCCAUGAGUUGACUUAUUUUAUAACUGAUACUGAUGCUGUGUCUUGCUUUUAAGUGUAUACAUACCAUGUUGUAAUGUGAUGUUAAACACUUACGUAUUUGCCAGGAAUCACAGUUUCCUGAUAUUAUGUGCUAAUGCAGGGGCUAAUAAAGCUGCAGCCUACUCUUAUUUCCAGAAAGUUGUGACCGGACAUAAUUUAAGGAAAAGAAAAUAAAUGGGCUUUUGAAAUGUCUACCACUUACUGUGCUUUACUUGCUUAGAUGCAUUGCCUUAAGUUUUCUGCAGCAUCUUUGACUUUCAAGAUAAGAUUCUCAACAGUAUGCAUCAAAUUACUUUUCAUAUAAAAUUCCAUUGUCAAAACAAAUCCUUUUGUAUGCAAUAAAUAAAAUGUUAGACUGAUAGCA